CUACACUACCACGUGUUUACAAGUUUUCAAAAUGGCCGAAGUUGACACUCCAAGCAAAAAGAGCAAGAAACAGAAGAAGCAGAAGGAGAACUCGUUAGGAGAUCUCCAGCAUCAAUCCGAUUUCCUAAUCCAGCCUGAUUCAAAGGUUGCCAAACUAGAUACUGCCCAAUGGCCGCUACUCCUGAAGAACUUUGACAAGUUGAAUAUCCGAACCGGUCACUACACACCACUACCCAAUGGCUGCUCACCGCUUAAGAGAGACUUCAAGGAUUAUGUCUCGAGUGGAUUUAUCAACUUGGACAAACCGUCCAACCCUUCAUCUCACGAGGUUGUUUCAUGGAUUAAGAGAAUCCUACGAGUGGACAAGACAGGUCAUAGUGGAACCCUUGACCCCAAGGUCACAGGUUGUUUAAUUGUAUGCAUCUCCAGAGCCACUAGACUAGUCAAAUCACAGCAGAGUGCUGGUAAGGAGUAUGUAUGCAUAGUAAGAUUACACAGUGCCAUUGAGAGUCAAGCACCAUUGGCCAGGGCUCUCGAGAAGUUAACUGGUGCCCUGUUUCAGCGGCCGCCCCUCAUUUCAGCUGUGAAACGUCAGCUAAGAGUGCGAACUGUCUACGAGAAUAAACUCAUCGAAUACGACGACAAUAGACAUUUAGGUAUCUUCUGGUUGAAAUGUGAAGCAGGUACCUACGUGAGAACCCUGUGUGUUCAUCUAGGUCUGCUUCUAGGCGUAGGAGCUCAGAUGGCAGAGCUGAGAAGAGUCAGAUCUGGUAUUCAGUCGGAAAGGGAUUUACUAGUAACGAUGCAUGACGUCUUAGAUGCUCAAUGGAUUUAUGAUAAUCACAAAGAUGAGGAGUACAUGAGACGAGUCGUUAAACCUUUAGAAGCUCUCCUCACUGGACAUAAGAGAAUCGUUCUUAAAGACAGCGCUAUAAACGCUAUCUGCUACGGAGCUAAAGUCAUGCUGCCGGGAGUCUUGCGAUUUGAAGACGGCAUCGAGGUCAACGCAGAAAUUGUUAUAGUAACCACCAAAGGAGAAGCUGUAGCUCUGGCCGUUGCCCUCAUGACAACGGCUGUCAUGGCAACCUGUGAUCAUGGUAUCGUUGCUAAGCUGAAGAGAGUCAUCAUGGAGAGGGACACGUACCCCCGCAAAUGGGGACUCGGAGCGGUGGCCAGUAAGAAGAAGAUGAUGAUAAAAGAAGGGAAGUUAGACAAACAUGGAAAGCCAACAGGAACGACACCGACAGAUUGGAAGAACUCAUACCAAGACUUCAAUGCCAAAAAGACACCAGUCAAAGAGGAGGAGGACCCAGCAAGCCCUGUCUUAGAAACUCCAGCCAAGAAACGCAAACGUCAAGACAGUGCCAAAAGUACCAGCAGUGGCACCAGCUCAGUAGGGUCGCCCAUAGCGAUGGCCAUAGAUACUCCAAGUACCAAGGAAGAGAAGAAGAGAUUGAAGAAAGAGAAGAAGGAGAAGAAGAAACGUGAGAAGGCAGAGAAGAAAAUCAAGAGGGAGGCAUCAAGUGAGGAGGAGGAGGAAGAAGAAGAGAUGGUCGUAUCAUCUGAGAAGAAGAAGAAAAAGAAGAAGAAAGACAAGAAGUAGAUGCUAUGCUUUAAACUUACUCCGUGGCAGAGAGUUGCAGCCAUGUUUUCUUCUGAUUAUUUUGAGAUUUUUAAAAACUGAUCAAUUCGAAACAGAAAAUUAUAUUUUUAAAAAUGAUAUUUUGUUGCUGAUCAUGACCUCAAAUGUAUUCUUGGCGUAAGUUUGUUUGUGGAAGUGCUCCAAUAAUUUGGCACAAUGAUGUGGUCCUUGGAUGGCUGGUGACAGGAAUUUCCUGUGGCCUAGACAGUGCCCGACUCUUAAGAUGCUCCCAAAACUAUUUCAUUCAACCAAGUUGAAAUUCAGCAGUUCAGAAAAAAGAACCUUUCCAAGCUGUGUAUGAAUCUUUCAAUUUUGUAUCACAAUUUGUAGUAAUUUCUUUGAUUCAUUGUAAAGGAGAAACAUUUUAUUUUGUCAUGACAACCAAAAUAAAUCAUGUUUUCCAUUUUGUAUUCGUUAUGUCAUUGUAAAUAUUUAUGUUUUGUAAUCUCAGAUUAGCGAACCUGCAGGCUUAAUCAUUAAUACAUUUUCUUUGAAGGAACUGGCUGUUUCAAAAUGCUUACCAUUAAAAUGACCAGGUCUCAAUGAAACUAAAGAGCUAUCAUUGUUGGAAAAAUUCUGCUAAUGUGUGUCCAUAACCAGGUUUUUCCUGUUAAAAUUAAGAUGAGGUUGGUUACCCGCUGUCAACUCCCUAAUCUUGGACGUCUUAUAUUCUCAAACUGUUUUAGUUUUUUGCUGAUUUCUCAACAAAUAGACACAGAGUUCAGGCAAAACUUUCACUGGUGAAUUUUAUUGUAUCUUUAUUGAAAAUUUUGCUUAUAAAUGAGAAAUACGGUGAAACAAUAUUCGACCCUGCUUUUAAGUUGUAUCAGUUUAUCUGAAGUAAAAAAUUUAACAUCUUUUUCUUUUCUCAAAGUUUCUCGUUAAUGCUAAGUACUAUUACAUGUUUUAUUACUUUUUUAAUUGAAUUUUUAGGGUCAUGAUUAAACCUCCAACAGUGAAUUCUGAUUGACAAAAGAAUUUAUUUGAUGUGGCCAAUUUCAACUUCUCAUAAUUAUAAUUGGAUCAUUUCCAAAAUCCAAUUGUACUUUUUAUUUUGAAGAAUUAAAACAUUGUACAU